GAGAAGCACGCCAUGGUGGCGACGUCAGGUGACCGAGGGUGCGACUUGCCGCUGUGUGGCGUCACGCGGGCAUUGAAUGACACGCCGGGGACUGAGAGCCAAUCCGCUCACGAGAUUUCCGUCUCCAUUGCAGCGCCGCCGAACGGACCAACGGGAGAACAGGACGAGCAGGACAAGGAUAUAUAA